CGCAGUGGCCGACGGCCUGCGGGCGGCGCUGUGGCCUGUCAGGCGGCCCCACGACGCCGCCAUAGCCCCUCGCCUGCCCCGUAGCCAACGUCUCCGCUGCCGGCCCCGCGCCGCCGCUAUGGCCGACGUGGAAGACGGCGAGGAGCCCUGCGCCCUGUCCUCUCACCCCGGGAGCGCAGGCUCCAAGUCAGGAGGCGACAAAAUGUUCUCUCUCAAGAAGUGGAACGCCGUGGCCAUGUGGAGCUGGGACGUAGAGUGCGAUACGUGCGCCAUCUGCAGGGUCCAGGUGAUGGAUGCCUGUCUUAGAUGUCAAGCUGAAAACAAACAAGAGGAUUGUGUUGGAAGACAGCAUAUGGAGCUGUGUAGGAACUGGGGGCCACCACUUCAUCCAGAUUCUAGAACAGUGAUGGAAAGUCCCCUAAGCCCAAACUUUACAUGUUGGUCUGGGGAGAAUGUAAUCAUUCCUUCCACAACUGCUGCAUGUCCUUGUGGGUGAAACAGAACAAUCGCUGCCCUCUCUGCCAGCAAGACUGGGUAGUCCAACGAAUCGGCAAAUGAGAGUGGUGGAAGGCCUUCUUAGUGCAUGCAGCUGUCCAGAGCCCUGGGGGACCCCGUUAUCAAGUGCCCUACAAAGGCAAGGACACUCUAGGAGACUGAGUCCCCAAACAGAAGGAGAUGGAUCUUUGGUCUUUGAGGACUCAUCAAAGGCAUGGGUUAGCUUUUUGUCGAUUUUAUUUUCAGAAACUCUCUACAAUUAAGAAGAUAAUUUAUUAAAGAUGCUCUUUCCUAUCUCUGUGGUAUGUGUCACACUGCUUAGAAGUGUUAUAAAGGAGAAGACUCCAAAUUGAAUGAUCUUUAUAAUUUACUUACUGAUAUCCAGGGGGCUGUGGAAACAGUUCCAUUCAGAAGAGACCUUUUUGCAUGCUUAUGGUUGAUCAGUUAAAAGAAAAAACAAUGUUACAGUAACAAAUAAAGUGCAGUUUAAAACCCAACUUUUAUUCUUAAUUUGUUCCUGGUAUUUAUUUUAGCGAAGGGAAUGGUUCUUGAAAUAUUUAUUUGAUAGGACAGUUCUAAGUUUGGACCAGUGAGCAGCGUAAAUAAAAUUUAAUCUUUGGAUAUAGGGGAUUUUGAUUGUCUUUUAGGUUAUCAUCCUCUAUCCUUAACUCAUCAAAAAAAUCUAGAUCUGCACACCUGACUGUUCACUUGUUCAGUGGUAAAGGACAGAGGUAUUUUCAAGUUUUACCCAGAUUAUGAUGUAAUUUAACAGUGUUUUAGGUGGACUGUUAAUGAGGGGAAAAUGUUUACCACUACAGCAUUGGAUCAAAAAAAGUUUAUUUUAUUACACAGUGUUUUAAUAAAUGGUUUAUUCUGUUUACUUCAUUUGAAUUGUCAUUAUUGCAUUUUAUGUACAACUUUAAAUCUGAUGUUAAUAAACUGAUUUGUCAAGUGACUCCUGUUUCAUUUGAAAAAAUAUUUAUAUGCUCUUUCAUUUGGUAAUAAGAAAAUUUUAAGUUUAUUACCUGGAAACAUGUAAGUGUGAAAAAAUACUUAAAUUUUAUCCAACUCAUUCACAUUUAGUGGAGGCUAUCUUGUAACAAUUUAUGGACUACAAAAUCAUUUUGAAUUUUUCCAUAAAAGAGGCUACUGCUAAAAAUUUUUUAAAUUACAAUCUUUGCAACUUAACCAUUAACUUCUGCAGAUUCAGAGGUGGCCAUUCUGAAUCUUUAAAGAAUGUGGGUACAUAAGAGAAUGUUAAAAAAUAAUUAAUAAAAAUUAAAAUUCUGUAUGCAUUUACAUUGGCCAUUAAUCAGGUUUCAUUAUAAAUUUUCCCUUUAUGUAUUUUUUCACAACUGUCCACUGAAAAAAUUAUAUACGAAUAUGAAUAUUAAUAUGUUUGACUAUUUGAAUGUGCUUGUCAUGGGCAAUGAACUAUUUUAACAGCUUUUUGACCUUUUUAAAAGGUUGUACCUAUAAAAAGUGAACCAAAUAUUUCACUUUCAAAUG